AUGAGCACCCAGUUCCCACACAGGCUACAGAAACUUGCAAUUCAGAGUCUUCUGACAGAUAAGGACUUGGCCAUAUGGGCCGUAGAGGAUUUGCCAGGGGAGCUCUUCCCACCAGUGUUCAUGGAGGCCUUCACCAGGGGACAUGCUGAACUCCUCAAGGCCAUGGUGCUGUCCUGGCCCUUUCCCUACCUGCCCCUGGGAGCCCUGAUAAACAUCUGGAAAGCAAGGAAGUUAAACACUCAGGUGGAUGUUGACCAGGUGCAGAACAGGAUGUUACAAGCUGUUCUGGUUGGGCUCGAUGUGUUGCUGAGCCAGAAGCUUGGUUCCAGGAGGCUGAAAUUGCAAGUGCUGGAUAUGCGGGACAUGCACCAGGACUUCUGGAAAGUCUGGGCUGAAAACCAGUUAGAAGCGUGCUCCUCAGAAGUCAGGAGGAAGACAAAAACAGAGAAGACUCUGCCAAGGGUAGCAAAAAAGCAGCCUCUCAAAGUGAUGUUAGAUCUGUGGCUCAAAAAGACAGAGCAGAUGAUCUCCCAAAUCACUUCUCAGUUUAUGAAGCUUCACUGUCUGCAGGAAGUUUAUGUGGACUCUCUGUUCUUCCUGGAAGGCCACCUGGACCAGGUGCUCAGGUGUCUGAUAUGCCCCUUGGAGACCCUCCGGUUAAGUUACUGCCAGCUUUUAGACUCCGACUGGAACCAGCUGCCACACUGUCCAAGUGUCAGACACCUGAAACACUUGGCUCUGUAUGGUUUGGACCUGACUCAUAAGCUUGAUUCCCUUAGAUAUCUCCUGGAAAACAUUGCAGCUACUCUCACCACCCUACACUUGCAGGUCUGUGGAAUCAUGGAAGCUGAGUUCUUGGACUUUUUGCCUGCCUUGAGUCACUGCUCCCAGCUCACUACCUUCAGCUACGUGAGGAACUCCAUGUCUCUGGCCACCCUGGAGAGCCUGCUGUGCCACACUGCCAGGCUGAGCAACUUAACACUGGAGAUGUACUCACCUCCUGAAGAAGUUUACAAUCCCUGGGACUAUGUCCACCCACUGAGACUGAAUCAUAUGUGGAAACUGCAGGUGCUGGAUCUGAGGGACAUGCACCAGGACUUCUGGAUUGUGGGGCUCAGAGCCAUGGCUCGUACCUGGACACCAGAUAAUGAACAUAGGGACCAGAAAGUGGAUGACCAUAUGGUGAAGGAGCUGUCUUUGGUCAGCGGCCCGGAGCCAAGACAUCAGCUCUUGUCAAAUCAGGACAACUAUGCACAGCCAGGGGAUGGCAGCCUGGCAGGCUUCAGCAAGAUGAGGCUGUUUAAUGACUUGGGCUAUGGCACCGUGUACAGGAAAAGCUGA